CCAAUGCCUCGCUUCUCGUUUGUUGGGCGAGCGUCUCCAGCUCGCUUGCCGGGCUUGGUGCUGUCGUUGCUUAUCGUCUCGCAGCGGCUCCUUUCAGCAGCAUUGGAGCAGGACGCGACUAGCUUCGUCGAUGUGAAGAAACGCAUCAAUGUUGACGUGCAGCAACAACGUCAAGAGGAGACAAGAAUACUUCUUGAGGAGAAAGAACAAGAAAAGCAGAAGGAAAAACAAGAGCUGAAACCGACCCGAUAUGAAGCACUGGAGAACCUCAUGCGCUUUCUUCAACCCGACGACAGUGCCUCAACCUCAUGCUUUGGCCCUCGGAGUCGGAAGGAUCCACGGAAACCACCGCAACUGGGCUGGACAUCAGGAAUGAUAUCGAAUGACGAACGCCUGGGUCAAUACGUCGAGAAGGUGAUAAGGUUGCUGCCUCCUGACGACUUAUCGAAUUUUCACCCGAAAAUUGAUCGGCUGAAGGACGUAGUCGACAAACUGCUAAAGCCCACUGUCGAAAGGUGCGAGGAGUUUUUUGACGAUCUGUUACGGCUCUGCUGUUUGCUAAGCUUUCCUCAUCUCGUUCUCGGUCUCUCUUUAAUCUCUCCCGUGGUAUUCGCUUUUGCCUAGCGCUUCCACAACGAGAGCGUGUGACAAGGAUGCUCUAAGAUAGGAGAUCAAGAUCUAAUAAAAAUUGGAAUUAUAGACAACAGGUAGGAUCACGAUCGAGAUGAAUGAUCAGUCUUCUAAUGUAAACACGUUACAGCAAUGAAGACGACCGCUGCAAACUCCAAGCGGAAAAGAUGAGGAAAGGCAUAGGACAUGUAGCCCCCAGCCAAGACGUGAGGGCGACAUCAACUCGUAUAACGAGCAGCGAAGAUCUCGGCAAGAAUAUGCUAGGCACGCCUGGCACGUAUGGCGCUGUAUUUACCUUCCAUGGC